AUGAUCGACCGUACCGGGCUGAGUUGGCUCCGAGGGCCUUCCUUGGUCGUGGCCAUCACGACCGUGUGCUCUUCGGCCUUUCUGUUGUUCGGAUAUGACCAGGGAGUUAUGUCCGGCGUCGUCAUAUCUAAGUAUUGGCUGGCCGAGAUGGGCCACCCUAGCACCGUCAUGACCGGCACCAUCACCGCUCUCUACGACGUUGGAGCUGUGUUUGGCGCUAUAUCUGCUGCCUUCACUGCUGAGCGCUUCGGACGAAAGCGCUCGUUGAUUGUCGGGGCCUCGUUGAUCAUUAUUGGCACUGCCUUAAUGGGCGGCUGCGUAGAACGAAUCUUAAUGAUGGUGGGCAGAGUAUUUACGGGGCUAGGAAUUGGAUAUCUGACCUCCGUAGCUCCGGUCUACCAAAGUGAGAUCUGCCUGCCUAGUCAACGUGGUUGGCAUUUGUGCUGUCAGCUCACCACCAUGCUAUUUGGGCUAAUGCUGGCGUACUGGAUCAAUUAUGCCUUUUACUACCAUCCUGGACAGAUUCAAUGGCGAUUCCCAUUGGUGUUCCAGGCGGUUUUUGCCCUCUAUAUCCUCAUCAUUGCCCCAUUCCUACCUGAUACACCUCGGUGGCUCUUAUUGCAUGAGAGCAGUCCUGACCGAGGCGCGCUAGUGUUGUCCAAGUUGCGGAAUAAGUCUAUAGAUGACCCACUAGUGCAGAAGGAGAAGGAUGAAAUCCUCGCUGCCCUCAAUAUCGAGGCUGAGGAGGAAGGAGGUUGGAAGUCGCUUUUCUCUGAUGGAGGAUGCGCAGCCAACAAACGGUUUUACCUCGCACUCGGGAUUCAGUUUAUGCAGCAGACAUCCGGAAUCAAUAUCGUUAGCUACUACGCUCCUACCUUGUUUGAGCAGAAUCUGGGGAUGUCACAGUCGAGGGCUUUGUUUAUCGGCUGCUUCCUUCAGGUGUGGUAUAUUCUCGCCUCAUUUCUCACAUGGUAUAUGAUUGAUGCGGUCGGCCGCCGGCGCCUAUUUAUCAUUAUGGCACUUGGGAUGUGCGUUGUCUUAGUAUGCGAGGCCAUUACUGUGGCUAUUGGAGGCAAUGCAGCAGGCAUUGCAGCAGUGUUCUUUGUUUUUGCUUUCGAGGGCUGUUUUACCUGGGGCUGGAUGGCAACGGUGUGGGUAUAUCCAGCAGAGAUUCUCCCGCUCAAGAUCCGGGCUAAGGGCGCUGCCUUGGCCGCAGCGGCGGACUUCCUUGGAAACUUCAUUGUGGUCGAAAUUACGCCCCCGGCCCUCCAAAAUAUCGGCUACAAGACCUAUAUCAUCUUCGCUGUCUUCAACCUCGUUGCCGCCUUUAUCGUGUACUGCUUCUACCCGGAGACCUCAUAUCUGAAUUUGGAGUCGGUGGACCUACUCUUUCUGCCAGACCCAGACCGGGACCAGGAAAUUGAGGCUAAGCAACGUUUUUACCACAAAGCCAUCCAGUGGAAUGUGGUCCCGAGGGCGCGCAUGGCGGUCAACGAGGCCAAGGCGCGCAAGAGGGCUGGGCUGGCCCUGGCGAUGGGUGAUGUGGAGCGGCAUGAGGCCCCGUCUGACGUAAAGAGGGAUGUCGAUCCGGAGCAUGUUGAGUACAACUGA